CCAAUUAAACAAAUAAAUCAUUACGCGUGGCGUGAAGCCUUCGCCGUCAUCAUCGUUUGCGUGAUAUGCAUAAUUAAUUUUUGCUUCCGGUUUUUUUUGCUGCUUCCAUCUCAUUUACAGAUUUAGUCCAACUCGGACGCCCUCGCCGUGGGACGGCGUCCGGAUAGCCGAUAAGUUUAGCCCGGUCUGCCCGCAGCGGCUGCCCAAUGUAAAUAACGAAACCGCAGCUUUAGAUAAGAUGCCAAAAGGACGACUAGAGUACUUGAAACGUUUGCUACCUUUUUUACUCGACCAGUCGGAGGAUUGUUUAUACUUGAACGUGUUCUCACCGGCACACGCCGCUCAAAGCGACAAGAAAUUACCUGUUAUAGUAUUUUUACACGGAGAAUCAUUUGAGUGGAACAGUGGGAACCCCUACGAUGGGACCGUGCUGGCCAGUUACGGAGAAUUAGUUGUAGUUACGCUGAAUUAUCGGUUAGGAAUCUUAGGUUUUUUAAAUGCCAAUCCAAGUCCGGAGAUCCGGGCACGGGUAGCAAACUACGGUCUGAUGGACCAGAUGGCGGCCCUUCACUGGGUCCAGCAGAACAUUGCCAAAUUCGGCGGUGAUCCGUCGAUCGUGACGCUGGCCGGCCACGGUAGCGGCGCAGCGUGUAUCAACUUCCUGAUGACUUCGCCGACCAUGGUGCCCGGGUUGUUCCACCGGGCCAUCCUUCUGUCCGGGUCGGCCUACUCGUCCUGGGCUCUGGUGGAGGAUCCCGUGAUAUACGCGCUUCGCCUAGCGAAGGAAGUCAAUUGCUCAAUACCGGAAGAUCUCAUCAAGAACCACGAGCAGAUCGUGGACUGCUUGCGGGAUGUCCCACUGGAGGAACUUUUCGCGGCGGACAUUCAGCCACCGAGCUUCCUGAGUGCGUUUGGGCCAUCGGUAGACGGCGUUGUGAUCCGGCCUGGUCGGACGAACCAAGACAUCGACGAAACGCCCAUUAGGGGCACAUCGAAACGGUCACAAGGGGCAGCAGGUCGGUAUGAUCUACUGUUCGGAGUGGUCACGGGAGAGGCCCUAUGGCGGUUUAGCGCUGCAGAUAUUCAGAGCGGAUUCGAAGGGGAACGAAGAGACCGAAUCCUGCGAACGUACGUUCGUAAUGCUUACACGUACCAUCUAAGCGAAAUCUUCUACACCGUAGUCAACGAAUACACCGACUGGGAACGCACAAGUACGCAUCCAAUCAACACCAGGGACGCAGCGGUAGCCGCCCUGUCCGAUGCGCAAUUCGUAGCCCCACUGGUGCACACUGGGGAUAUGUUGGCACCACCUCCACCCCUGCCGGGACAGGAACCGUCCGGCCCGAAGUGCUUCUUCUACGUGUUCGACUAUCAAACCAAAGACGGUGACUACCCGCAACGGAUGGGAACCGUCCACGGGGAAGAUCUGCCGUACGUUUUCGGGGCCCCACUGGUCGACGGGUUCAACCACUUUCCGAAAAACUACACCAAAUCGGAGGUGGCAUUGUCGGAGGCUAUUAUGAUCUACUGGGCGAACUUUGCCCGGACGGGGAACCCCAACGAGCACCAUCGGCAGGACUCGAUUCUGAUGGCCUCCAAAGAGCGGAACCGCUUCCGCAGCAUCAACUGGGACGAGUACGACCCAGUUCAUCAAAAGUACCUUGAAAUCGGCAUGAAACCCCGGGUCAAGAACCACUUCCGGGCGCACCAGCUCUCGAUCUGGCUCCGGCUGAUACCGGAGCUGCACAAGGCCGGCAUGGAGGACGUGGUGGCGAGGCACAAUCUCUUUAAGAAUCACGACGAUCUGGACAUCUACGAGGGCAUCGUCAAGCCUAAUCCGUUGACGCGGUUGUCCUUCCUGGAGCAGGAUCUCAAGCGGAGGGGCAUGCCAUCGGGGGGACCCCAGUAUGGGCAUUCGCUGCACAGUAACGUGGCAGUCGGUAUGACAACGAUGGAACCAGCACUGCUAACGACUUGCAUGCCAGUUGGAAAUUACACCGGGUACGCGGCACCCACGUCAACGGUGCUGAACGCAACCACGGACACCUUGGCCGGUCUGGAAGCGGCCGGAUAUGCGGCGUACUCGACCGCGCUCAGCGUAACCAUCGCCAUCGGGUGCAGCUUGCUGAUACUGAAUGUGCUGAUCUUUGCCGGGGUCUAUUACCAGCGGGACAAAACCCGGCUGGAGGUGAAGAGCUUGCAGAAGCAGUACCAACAGCGCGGCGGUAUGCACCAGCAGGGUCCGUUCGAUCCGAUUAAGCACGCCCACUAUCACCUGGGUCACUCGCAGUCAGCCAACGUGAUAGUGGACGUGGAAAACCACGACACCGGUGCUCUGAUACUGGCCAGCGACGUCAAAUCGCCCCAUAUCUGCUCCAACUCGAUGCAGAUCAACGUGAUGAAGAGUGGAUCGCCGGGCAACGACGGCCGAGGAGGCGGCGGGGGAGGUGGGGACGGCGGCAGUUGUAACGUUCCGACCGGCCAAACCGCCAAUAAUGCAAAAAUCCCUCUGGCCAAUAACACCUCGUACAAACCUCGGACCGAGCACAUUACGAUACCAAUCAAAAAUUCAACCUUCACCGGAGGCGCCGGGAUGAUGACGCUGCCCAAACCGGGCACGGUGCACAUCCCGAUGAGCUACAAUCGAAACGAGUGCAUGACACUGCCACGGAAUGCCAGUGGUGGCAUUAGCACGUCCAGCACCAACACAGAGGCUCAACAAAUUAAACUACCGCCAAACGGAACAGCGAUCGGAAUCCACAUGCGUUCGAACGCGGCGGCCACCCUCGGCCGAUCCCAGUCCUGUAGUAAUAGCUCACCGGAAUCGAACCGGUUAUCCCAUCACCAGCAGUCAUCGACGGGGGGCGCCCCUCCGCCACCGAGCAUCGCCGCCCACCAGCACUCCCACCAACAUCAUUCCCAUUCGCACUCGCACUCGCAACCGCAACAGCAGCAGCAGCAGGACCCCGGAACGCAACUGCAAAAUCUCAAAGGACAACAGCAGCAUCAGCAGUCACAACUGCCCCAAGCGGCCAUGAGUGAAAUGCGCGUUUGAUUACAUUUCGCCUCCUCCUACCCUGACAGAGACGAUGACCGCGGACAACGACGCCCAUGCCCCCCGGCAGCAGCAGCAUCCACGAGGACGAAUCGAGCUGACCAUUACAGCGACCUCGAUGACAACGACGACGACGACAACUGCUGCUGUAGCUGUGGCGAUGACGACGACGACGACGACGGUGAAGUUGUUUAAUGUUUUGUACGAGUGGAGACCCUUCGGCCACGCGCGGGUGGGGGGUCCCGUAUCGGAGGUAGGCGUUCUUGUUAGGCACGAACCGUGUAGCUUCCUGCUGGUGCUCGCCGUUUUCCUUUGUUCAUCAAUAAAUGAUCUAUCGCGAACAGAAAUGCAACCAAUGAGCACUGCUGCAGCACUGAUGAUACCAUACCAUAUACAUAGCUACUAGGUUACUCAUUUCCGGUCUCUCUUGUUGAUUGAUUAUUGUUGAUGUUUGCUCUGUUGAGGUUUGUUCUGUUAGGUCAAGUUCCAUGUUAAAUUGUUGGACGAGUGGAACACGCAAUGGACAGUGGGGCGGAUGAUUGUUUCCACACAUAGGGAAUACUAGAUGAAGUUUAGAUAUCUAAUUGUUACCGAUCAAAAAUCAUCAAUCUUACUUGUUGAAAUCAGCUUACCCUGAAUGUAGGUAUUGUUUCACAUUUGUGAAACAAUAAUCACUUGGUCCUGGUGUAAUUUGAACCCAAGGUUCCGUAUCACUAGUCUGAAGCUUUAACCAACAUUGAUACGAAUGAAGAACUCCACACCUUAAAUUGUAUCAGAUAUUUUUCCUGACAUCCCUGCCGGGGAAUCCUCGUACGAAGAUUGAGCAUGAGCAUGAGCAUAGAUGACCGUACUAUUCGUAGUUUCUACUCCGUGAUUGACCAGAACAAUCGAAGUUGCACAAGGAACCAACAGACGGAGCUUGGGAGUAGCUUACCGUCCUCAAUGUGCAUCUUCGAGAAUUCCAAACUUUAUUAGGUCAAUAACGGCGCCGGCCACGUCCUUACGGUCAUCGAGGAAGGAAAGGAAUGUUAUUAUGACGUGCGUUGCUUACUAAAGACCGAGAUCACCUCUGCGUCUCCACGUCUGUCAUGGGAAGGACUUUUUGUUAGUGGGGAGGGGAAAGGGCGCAUGAUAUGAGUUCACUUUGGUAAGUGGAGUGAUUCAUGCAACCCUAUUAAUAUCAAACCACUUAUUUUCAUUUGGACUAAAACAAAACACAUGCCGACAUCGAAGAUGACGAACCAUUCAGAUAGUUUUCGAAGUGCGAAAAUUAACGAAAGAAAAAAUAAAGUGAUUUGAACCAACGUGGCUUUGGAACUUGGGCCGACACUUGACGUGACGAACAUUUCAAUGUCUGCUGACUAAAAUCGCAAAAAAUGUUGUUUGUUGCAUUUAUCGUAUCAUAAAUCGCCCCGUACGAAGAUGAGCAGUCAAAUAGACGACGACGACGACGACGACGACGUGCACGCGGACGAUCCGAAUGAAAACGCGGCCUGUACACUUUGCCACCAAAAACUCACUAAAUCACCCCGUACGAAGAUGAGCAGUCAAAUAGACGACGACGACGACCGAAUGAAAACGCGGCCUGUACACUUUGCCACCAAAAACUCACUAAAUCGCCCCGUACGAAGAUGAGCAGUCAAAUAGACGACGACGACGACCGAAUGAAAACGCAGCCUGUACACUUUGCCACCAAAAACUCACUCAGCCGGGGAAUCCUCGUAAGAAGAUUGCUAAAAUAAAUCCUUCCAAAAUAUUCUAAGAGUAAGAGUAAGUCUCUUUUGAGAUGUUCCCAGAAUUUUAUUUUUCUGGAUUUCCUUCAGGAAAUCUUUAAAAUUCCCUUUACAAGUUAUUUGAGGGAUUCCUACAGGAGUUCCUUCUGGAAUUUCACCAGAAUUUCCAUCUGGAAUUCAUACAGAAAUAUCUUCCGGAAUUCUUCGGUAUCUCCGGAAAUUCCAUUCAUUUCUUCCAGGAUUUUUUCCUAGAUUACUCCAGAAAUUCUUUCCGGGAUUCAACCAGAAAUAAUUUUCGGCAUUCCCACAGGAGUACUUCCAAUUGCUCCUUCUGGGUCUUCUCCUUUCAGGAUUCCUCCAGAAGUUCCCAACAGAUAUCCUUAUAAAGUUCUACAAUAUCUUUCGGAAUUCCUCCUGAAAUUCCUUCCCGGAUUUCUCCAGGAGAUCCUUCUAGAAUGCUUUCAGAAAUUUAUUCUGGGGUUUUUCAAACAGUUCCUUCUGGGAUUCCUCCAUAUAAUCUUUCUGGGACUCAUUCAGAGUUUUCUUCCGGUAUUCCUUCAGAAAUGACUCCCGUGUUACCUUCUGAAUUUUCUUGCAGGAUUCUAACACGAGUUCUUCCCAGAAUUCUUCCAGAAAAUUAUUUUAUGAUUCCUCCUAGAGUUACUUCCGGGAUUCAUUUCAAUAUUCUUUUCUGGAUUUCUCCAGAAAUUCUUCCAGAAUUGCUUCAAGAGCAACUGACGAAAAAUUGCAAGUGCCGGGACUGGGAUCGAACCCAUGACCAUCCAAUUAUGAAGUGAACGUCUAGCCACAACGCCACGGGUCCCGGCUAUUCCGUGAUUCUCCCAACAGUUUCCAGGAGAUAAGAUUUCUUCGGCAGAACCAUCCAAAAUUCUUACAGGAAUUUCUUCCUGGAUUUUUCCAAAACAUCUUACCAAGCAACCCUAACAGAAUUUCUCCAGGGGUCACUUCCAGUUUUCCUCCAGACGUUCCUACCAGAUAUCCUUCAGGAGUUCCUUCGAUUUUUCUUCCAACAGAUCCUUCAGGUAUUUCUCCUGAAAUUACUUCCGGAUUUCUGUAGGAGAUCCUUCCGGAAUUUCUUCAGGAAUUACUUACGGAUGUCAUUCAGGAGCUCCUUCCGGUAUUCCAUCAGAAGUUACUUCCAAAAUUUCUCCAGACAUUCCUUCCGGGAUUUCUCCCGAAGUUAUUUGCUGAUUCCUUCUAACAGUUCCGUAAGGGGUUCUGCCAAAUAUUCCUACCGAAAUUUCUCCAGAAUUUGAGUCCCUUCCACGAUUCCUGAAAGAGUUAAUUCUGAGAUUCUUCCGGGAGUUGCUUGGGGAUCUUUGCAACAAUUCCUUCCGGGAUUCCACCAAGAGCUUCUUCCAGAAUACCUUCAGCAAUAUCUGACAACAAUCCUCCAGGAGUCUCUGGUUCUUGAAGUUUCUUCCAGGAGUUUAUCAAUUUCAAGCUAUUGUUUCACGUUUUACAAAAAAAUCAUGUAUGAGGAACUUUUAGGUAUGGUAAAAACCCACAUUUCUUCCGAAGACAGUUUGACUCUAUCUUUAAAAUUGUAUGAGUAAUACACCUCGUCCUCUUUUUACGUCCAUGCUUGGCUGAGCGACAAAAAAUUCUACCGCUAAGACAAUGAGCAAACUCAACAGUUUUAUAUUUUUUAAAACAUCUUCGUGGUUAGGAGAAGUGUACAAAAAUAUAAAAAUGUGUAUUUUGAUCAUUAUUUUGUCGGUAGAAAUUUUACUUUUUUAUUUUACCAACUCCAUGAGAUAUAAGCAUUUCAAGACAUCGUUGUUUUAAAGUCAAAAUUGUCCAUAACAUUUGAAUGACAAGACCUAGCAACAUACAAUGUUCAGAACAAAUAUGCGUCAUUGCUUGCUCUUCAAAUGCUCCGAAGCUCACAUCUUAGAAAAAAAAUCCAAUAAAAAGUUAUUGCGAAAAAACCGUUUUUGGGGGGCUCACCCUAAGUCAAAACUUAAAAUUGAACUACUUUGUUCAAUUUAAGAGCUAGAUAAAUGGUGUAUUCGGCAAAGUUGCUUGAAAUAGCAUUGCCUACAACUUUACUCAAGAACUCGAUCGCGUAUGACUUAAAAUGAAAAAGUUCUAUUCCAGAUUUGAGUUAAGACGAGGACCAUCCUAAUCAAAAAAUUUUGGAAAAGAUGCAGCAAACAAAUGCAAACAACUUCUCUGAAGACACCAAACGCCUAAAAUUAACCAAAACAGAGAUACGGAUUUUUUUUCCUGCUUAAACGUGGAUUCGGACCAUUGUGCAUUCCUAGCAGGAUUUCCCAGAAAUAUCUUCCAGGAUUCCUCCAGAAGUCCUUCCCAGAUAUCCUUUAGGAUUCCUUCCGGGAUUAUUUCAAGAGCUCCUUCUGGGAUUCAUUUGGAAAUUCUCUAAAAGUUUUUUCCUGGAUUCCUCCAAGAGUUGUUUUCAGAAUUCCUUCAGAAAUUACUUCCGGCAUUCUUCCAGGAGUUUCUUAAAGAAUUUCUUCGGGAAUCCCCAAGAGAAUCCCUUCCGGGAUUCCUCCAACAGUUUUUUCCUGUAUUUCCCAGGCAUACUUUCUAGAUUUUUUCCAGAAGCUUCUUCCGGAAUUUCUCAAGAAUUUUAUCUAAAGAUUUUUUCCAGUAUUCCUUCAGACAUUCCUCCCGGGAAUCUACCAGGAGUUCUUUCUUGGAAUUUCUCAAAAAGCUUUUCGAGGGGUUUCCUCUUAAAUUCCUUCAGAAAUUUCUUUCACAUUUCUUCCAACUGUUCUUUCCUAGACUUCUCCAGGCAUUCUUCCCGAAAUUUCUCCAGAAGCUUCUACCGGAAUUCAUCCAGAAAUUUCUCAAGGAGAUUGAUGCAGGAUUACUCCUGACAUUCUUUCCGGGAUUCCACCAGGAGUUUCUCCCUAAAUUUCUCCAGGAGUUCUUUUCAGAAUUCCUCCAAGAGUUCCUUCCAGGAUUCUUUCUACAGUUCCUUUCUGGAUUUUUACGGGCGUUCUUUCUGGAAUUUCUCUAGAAUUUUCUUCCGGGAUUUUCGCAAAUUCCUCCAGACAUUUCUUCUGGGAAUUCACCAGGAGUUCCUUCUUUGAAUUUCUUCAGAAACUACUUCAGAAAUGCCUCAAGAAAUUCGGUUCAGGAUUCCUCCAGGAGUUACUUAAGGAUUCCUUGGGGAAUUCCUUUCAGGAUUAUUCCUAUACAUCCAACCUAUAUUUCUCCAGCAUUCUUUCUGGAAUUUCUCUAGAAGCUACUUUCGGAAUUCCUACAGAAUUUACUUUCAGGAUUUCUCAAGGAACUCCUUCCGUAAUUCCGCCAGGAAUUACUUACGGGGUUUCUCCAGAAGUUAUUUCUGGGAUUCCCUUUAAAGUUUUUUUCAGUAUUUCUCUGGAUGUGCCUACCGGAAUUCCUCCAAGGAUUCCUUCCGGGAUUCCAUCAGAAGUUCCUUCCAGAACGCUUUCAGACAUUCCGUUGCGGAUUUCUGCAGAAGAUCCUUCCGGGAUUCCUCCAGACGUUCUUUCUGAGUUUGUUCUAGCAGUUUCUUACGGGAUUCAGCUGAACAUUCCUGUGAUAUUUCCUUACAAAUUUCUUCCAGGUUGCUUCUUGGAUUUCCUCCAGGAUUCACAGGAAUUCUCUCUAGGAUUCUUCCAGGAAUCAUUUCCAGGAUACUUCUAACAAUUUAUUCCAGGGUACGUCCGAGAACAGUUUCUUCCAGAAUCCCUCCAGGAGAUUCAUUCAGAAAUUCACCAGGACUUCCUUGAAUAAUUAUUUCAGGAGUGUCUUCUGGGAUUCUUUCAGCAGUUGUAUCCGGGACUCCAACAUAAAUUCUUUGCGGGAUUCUUCUAAACGCUUCAUCCAAGAAUUUCUUUCGGCAUUCUUCGAACAGUUCUUCAACAAACUUCUUCCGGGAUUCCUUCAGUUUUUUCCGAGAUUCUCAAAAAAAAGGUUCCUCUAAGAUUUCUUUAGUAGCUUUCUCCAUGAAAAACUCAACUGAUACAUUGAGGUAUUCGACCAGGAAUUUUGGAAGGAAUUCCGAAAAACUCUUGAAGGAAUCCCGACAGAAACUGUUAGUGGAAUCUCGACGUUGAUAGUCACGGAAGGAACAUGAAGGAAUUUCCGAAAAAAAAAUAUGGAAAAUCGGAAUAUCGAAUGCAAUUCGAAGGUUAAUUUUAGAAAGAUUUUUGAAAAAAAUCUCGGUCGGAACUCUUUUAAGUAAUCACUGAAUAAAUUUGAAAACGCCCUCUAGGACAAAUAAUCCUCUGGAAGAAUCCACGAAGACACUCCUGAGAAAAUUCCAUAAGGAACUCCUGAAUGAAUCCAGGAAGACACUUCCAUAAAAAUUCCCAAAUGAAGCUCCUGGAGAAAUUUUUAAAAUAACUCCUGCAUGGAUGCUGGAAGCAUUUUGUAGAGGAAUUGCAGAAGGCAUUUCUUGAAGAAUCUCAAAAGUUUCUUAGGAAUAUCUAGUGGAAUUCUUGGUACAAUCCCGAAAGAACUUCCACACAGAAUUCUUUGUAAAACCCUGGGAGACUUUCAUUGUGGAAUCUUGGAAGAAAUAUUUGACAGACUUCUUUGGGCAUAUUAAUUUUUUUUUUUUUGGAAUGUCUGACUGCUCAAUUAUUAUUAAAAAUAAGAAAAAAAACGAAACAAACAGCGUUUGAAUCCUUUGAGUAUGAGCAGAAUAAAAUUAUGAUUUGCUGAACGUAUGAACGGUUUCACUAUUUAAAAAAAUACAUGUUUGUUUUGCAGUUUUCAAGUUUUCAUCCCGAUAUUGUGACAAGUUCUUGGUAACUUACAAAACACUUUACAACAACCCUUUUUCAAAAUUCCCGUAAGUCGUUGUCUUGCGGAACGAACAUCGGGUAAAAAUUUCCUCUUUAAAUGCCACAUAGAAAAUUGUUAAAAAUAUCGCUAGAAUUUCUCCAAUGGAUAGACAAUACGAAAGAAGCUUACACUCAAGAAAAUUUUCCAGAAGCUGCUUGUAAGCAUUUAUUUUGAAGUUCGCCUUGAGCAGUUUCAGAAUUUUUGUCAAAUUUUGAGAAAUUCCUCCAUUGACUCAGGCAGGCAUUAUUUUAAAAAUUUCUAGAAAAAAUCCAUCAACAAAUAGAUGACAAAGCAUUCUUACUCAAUUUUACUUUUUUUGUAUGAUUUGUUUCCAAUUUUUUCAAGAAGUCAUGAGUUAUAACAAUAAUCUAUCAAUAAUAGAAAACAUCCUCCACAAAUUUCCAUCGUCCAGGUAAACUUUCAAGGAAAAUUUUGAUCAGAUUUCCAAAAAGAUUUUGAAAUUGCAGCAGCUAUGAUGGUAAAAGUUUCCGCAAGGUUUCAGUACGAAGGAAAAGUGGAAAAAAUAUGUUCUAUGUAAUGCUGUUGAAGGAAUAUCUUCCUUUUAUUUCAAUAAUGCAUUGGUAAAGUAUUACUGAAAUUGAGAAUGAGUUAUGAUGCUCAAAACUCGAUACUUUUGGCUAGCAUUGAAUGCAUUCCUUGGGGAAAACAAAACUUUCAACAAACCUAAACAGAUUCGCUUCAUUGAAGAAAGUUUGAGAUAAACAUGAAAUAAAACAAGGAAUUUUCAAAAAAAAUAUACCAUAGAAAGAAUUCUUCAACAAAUUGGUAAAACAAUCGUCAAUGAAAUAAACGUGCAGCUUUCGUUGGAAUAUUUGAUGUACCUCACAAAAGAUACCAAAGUGAAAUGCAUAAAAUGUGUGAUGAAUUAGCCUUAAUAAAGUUUCACGAAAAAAAUAAACAAAAGAAAAAUUACAACCAGCAAUUAAUUUUGAAACAAUUCGUAAAAUAAUUCCAACGUUUGGCAAAAAAUUGAUGGAAUUCAGAACUUUUCGAAGAAAAGAUGUAUUUAAAGUUGUUGUUUUCAUUUUUUUUUCUUUUUUAUUUUCAUUAAUUUUAACGUAAGCUAUUUCUUCACUCAAUCUACGGAAAUUUUUCAAAGAAAUUUCCUUUAAAAACAUGUAGAAAUUUGUUGAAUUUUACCUGACAAUCAAUAUUAAAUUAAAUGCUAACAUUGGUAUUUAAAAACACCCUUCAAAUGUGUUGCUAACCAAUUUUAAGAAAAAUCCAACAGAAAUGGCAGAAAACUUUCAAAAAGUAUGAAUUUCAAAACAAAAAAUAAUUUACAGUCCUAUGUUCUUCUGUAAAAAAGACUGCUGACUAACUUUCCAGUGUCUUGGAAACUAUUUUAAGAAAUCGAAGUUACCGAAAAUUUUGGAUGAAUUCCUAUCAGAAUUAUUGAACUGCUGGCACACAUCUUGUUCUCAUUUGUCUAGAGACCAAAUUCCCAGAACAACGCCCUCAAGAAUUCCUAAAGAAAUUUUAGGAAAAGUUCAUUGAAGGAGUUUUGGAACAAUCUUCUGGGUGUUUUCAAACGAGUAAAGCAUUUUGGGAAGGAAGUGCUGUGGGAAUUAAAAGCUGCCUUCUUUGAGAAUUUACUAUCAAAUAUUUCUUUGAAUCUUAGAUAUCUGGAUAUCUGGAAUAAAAAGUGAAAUAGAUAUCCGAAAACUUUCGCAACCCACUGUCCAUUCUAGGAGAAAAAAGAUAAUUAAAUCGAUAAUUUGUUACUCAUGUAUGACAAAAUAGGAAAAUGAGGUCACCUUCCGAUACUUCGUCAGUUCAUAUCAAUAAUUGUUUAACAAUGGCAUUAAAAAAAAUGUGUUCACAUUUAUUUAUAGCAAAUUGUUUCCCAACUGCGUCAUGCUGCUGAAAACUCUAAAUUGUUAAUCACUCACACCUAGUUCAAAUUAAAAACGAAACCCACAAAAAUCAUCCAUCAGAAGAAGAAAAAAAACCUGCACUUAAUCGAUUUGAAGCCUACGACGGCGAUGCGAAACGAUGCACUGACGCACUCCGUUACCGUUUUGAGAAUCAUCAGAUGAAGAAAAACGAAAAGAAAUUUAAAUAAAAAUAGUGAAAACACUUUGUAAAUUAUUUUUUUCUACAAAUCCAACAACCAAACUAUAGAUAAUAUUACAAUUUAGAAAAAGAAAAAGGAAGUCAAAUAAAUUUAAAACCAAAAACACAAAAUCACAAGCAUACAAAAAAAAUCUUGGAACGACGAAACGAAAAGAUUGAAAAAAAACAAAUCCAUCUAAUAGAACAACAGGUUACGAAACGUCUUCUUCGUAGGUGAAUGUGCAAGAUGGUAUUGCCAAUCACAUCCACACAUUGACACAAGAGGAAGAAAAGAAAAAAACUAGAUAAAUCUUUACAACCAUUCAAAGAAUCAUAAACCAUCGUCCGGUCGAUUCCGGUGGAAUCCACAGUGGUUGGUGAUCGAAUCGAAGAAGCAGACACAAAUGUAAAUCAUUCAAAAAAAAAACAGACAGAAGAAUAACCUUAAGGAGUCGCCGACUAAUGUUAAAUGUUGAUUACAGCUAAUUUAAUUGAUUACCAAUUGAUGUAAGUCUCGAGGUAAGCAACAGAAACUGAUUUUAACGCAGGGCAGAUGAAGAAGAAUAUGAGAAAAAGGGAGAGAAAAACUGUUUUAAAUAAAGAGAGGAUAACUGGAAUAGCCGAGAAAGGAGUAUUAAAUCAGACGAGAAGAAGAAAUCAUUGCAGAGUAAUUGAAGAAAAUAAAGAAACACUGUAAAAAGUAACAAUCUAAAAUCAA